AUGGAUUCUGAAGUCGCCCCCCUGGAUACCAGGCUGGAUGGCAGCUUUCUCGUGGUAACGGCCGCCUUUCAGACGCUCUUCAUCUGCAGGAUGGUCUACUCCUGUUGUCGCCAUCGACAAUAUAUGUGGAAUGCGGGCCACGAAGUCAUAAAGGCAAUCGGGCAAGCCUUCCGUCAGCAGCUGCAUGCGGACAACCGAAAGUUUGUUCUGCAAGAAGUAUAUGAAAUCCGCGGGUAUUUGGCACGGGUAUAUUUCAGAUAUUUGCUGACGAUUUUUUCCUUGCUGCUGUUCGUUGUGCAGUGGCGAGUCUUUUACAAACAUGACCGAUAUUCAUCCGCUGUGACUGCCUGGACCUGGACCGCGGUAUUUGGAGCUUGCGGAGUGGUAGAGAUGUUUCCAUAUGUCAUCUCCACACAGAAUCUCAAUGCUGCGUAUCUGAUCAUCUCAUUUUGCUGGACAGCGCAGAUGUCGCCCUGGCACGUCCAGGCAGAUCGCACUGUG